GGAAGCUGUGGGCACGGAGGACAGCCGUGGAGGAAGGAGACACUCCGGAGCUGAAAGUCAAAGCUGACGGUGAGAGAACAGCAGCUUGAGGAGAACAGGAAGUGUCGUUCACUAUGAAAGCUACGGCUAAACACAAGGUGGUGACGUCAGGGAGGCUGACGGGAGGAGUCAAAGUGCAGCCGACCAGGCGACAAGUGAAUCCGGGGCCGUCCGCGCGCCCCGAGCCGGCCUACUCUCUGUACUCCUCAGACUCAGAGGAGCAGGUCACCACUCUCCACCAGGGUCUGGACCGCUGUGCUGCCUUGCUCAGCGGCAUCCUUCAGACUGACAUGACAGCCUCUCCUAGACCUCAUAGAGCAGUGACGUGUGGAGCAGCCAAAUCAAGACCAUCCACCUUGCUGGGGAAGAAGCCCAUGAAGAAUGUUCCUAAAAAGACAGUCCACAAGAAUCCUCAGUCCGGCCAGCGUGGAACAGGCAGCACCACUCCAACACAUCAGUCCCCCACUCCAGCUGCACACUCGGGGGUGAAGCUGCAUCCAACUCUGAGGCGAGCUCACACCAAAGCUCACCACUGCCCCUCUGCCCCUCCACCCCAUCCCUCCAUCCCUCCACCCCCCACCUCCGUCCUCCUGUCCGUGCACCAGUCAUCCUCUCAGCCGCCUCCUGGUCAGACAGAGUGCCCGGCUGUGCCCAAAGCUCCGGAGCGCGAUAGUGACGAGGAGGAUUUUGUUCCUGUGAGAGACACCAACACCCUACGCGCUGCCGCAGAUGUACCUGCAGCUGCUGGACACACACUCUCAUAUACACACAGUUGUACCCCGAAGGUUCAUGAAAUUCCUCAGGACACACACAGCAGGGCAGAGCGCAGCGCAGAGACAGAAGUGAAGGAGAAGACAGUCCAGUAUUUGCUUGGAGAACUCAAGGCUUUGAUCACCGGACAAGGCAGUGUAGCAGAGAGGCUGCUCCGUCACCUGGAGCAGGCUGUGUCCUCACCACUGCUGAAUGAUGGUGGUUUAAACAUCCACACUGACAGUGCUCCAGACCUGUCGUCGCUGCACGAGCACAACCUUCAGCUCCGCAGGCGCGUGAGGAUCCUGAACCAGCAGUUGAAGGAGAAAGAGAAAACAGAGAGACAACAGCACACAGAGAGUAACUCAGAAGUGACGAUUCUGCAGGAGGAGGUUUCCACAGCUCAGUCCCGACUGCAAGAACUGCAGCAUGACCUGGCAGAGCUACGGAGAGAUCUUCAGGACGCACAGAGCCAGCUGAGGGGUCGAGAGGCAGAGAACGCAGCCAUCAGGACAGACCUGGAAGCAACUCGAAGCCGGCUGGUUGACACGGAGCGAGAGAAGAGUGAGUUGGCCUCACUUGCCCAACAAAGACUGGAGGAGAUAGGAAACUUGAAGAGAAAGCUUCAGAGUCAGGAGUCAUCAGUUUGUUCUACAGUUGUCCAGUCUCUGCCGACGACACCACACCAGCCCCUCAACGAGCGCGUCACUCAGUACCUGAUGUCUCUCGGCCGGUUGGAUCCCACACCCACUGAGCACGUGGUCGCGCAGAGAGAGAGAAGCCCCUCAGACAAACCUGCGGCCCCCCAAAACGACCAGUCCCACUGUUUGGGCGCAGCCCAGUCGUGCGGGCUGCAGUCGGACUCCACGCUGUCCCAGUGCGAUGUGGAAUCUCUGUGGUCUGACUGCAGCAUGAGAUCAGGGUCGACCUUCGACACCAGAGACGAGGCGGCGUUCAGAGACGGCCUGGCAGCUCUGGACGCCAGCAUAGCCAGCCUGCAGAAGACCAUGCAGCUAGAUCUGAGGAGGUGAUGAGCUGUUACAUGAGCUGCUCUUCACAUCGUGUUUUCAUCAGAAACUGCUUGAGCUACUGUUGUAACCUGCAUUUUGCUCUUUUUAAUAAUUUAUGAUGUUAAGUGACAUUUAAGAUUAGAAAUAAAGCAUUUUUUGAAAA